CUUCAACAUCUCCCGUUGAGCCAUUUCCCCAAAGAGCUGCAGGAAUGCAGGCAAGCCACCAUUGAUCACAGAGAGUAGCAAUGGCAAGAUGCUUUUGGACAAUGUUGUUUCUCCUCUCUGCCCUUUUCCUUCAGACAGAGCAGACAGUGUUUAUAUCAACUGAUGAGGCAAACAAAGUUAUCAAGAGGCAUCGACGUGCCAACUCCCUGCGUUUUGAGGAGGUCAUGCAAGGCAGUUUGGAAAAGGAAUGCCUUGAAGAGAGAUGCACACUCGAGGAAGCAAGAGAAGUAUUUGAAAAUGAUGAAAUGCUCAAAAUGUUUUGGGAUAACUACUACGGUGGAUGGAGGUGCUCCUCCAGCCCAUGCCAGCACGGCGGCCUGUGCGAGGACAGCAUCCGUGGCUACACCUGUACCUGCACCGUGGGCUUUGAGGGGGAAGACUGCGCCUUUGCUAAAAAUGAAUGCCGGCACCAAGGGAAAGAAGGAUGCCAGCACUUCUGCUACCCAGGAAGUAAUUCCUACCAUUGCUCCUGCGCUGAUGGCUAUGAGCUUGGGAAGGACAAAAAACAGUGCAUCCCAUUAGAUCAAUGUGCAUGUGGCACACUUCAAGACAGCGACAACCUGAUUGGUGAAACCCCAAAGGAACAUGGCAAACAAUUUCCUUGGCAGGUCCUGUUGCUAAACUCAGAAGGGAAAGGUUUCUGUGGAGGAGUGCUGCUGAAAAGCAAUUUUGUACUGACCACGGCACAGUGUGCCCUUCUGCACAAUCACUUUAAAAUCAGGGUUGGCGCUGGGUGUAACAGAACAAGCGGAGCUGAGAAGAUCAUGGAAAUUCAUGAGAAACACAUACACAUCCGGUAUGAUGAAGACACCGGUGAGAAUGACAUUGCACUCCUACAACUCCAAGAGCACAUUGAGUGCAGUAACCACCAGCUUCCUGUAUGCAUCCCUGAAAGAGACUUUGCAGAACACAUUUUGAUUCCCAAAUUGGCUGGUACAGUCACUGGUUGGAAAAUGGAAGGUGGUGAAUUUCAAAGCGACGGGUUGCAGGUUUCAUAUCUCCCCACCGAGGACUGUGAACAAAUACUCAACGUAAGCCUCACAAACAGGCAGUUCUGUGGACACAGCCAGGAGGCCAUAGACAAACAGCUGGCUGGAGGGAGCUUUAUUGCCACUGUGUAUAAAGGCACGUGGUUUCUGACUGGUAUCCUGGGACCUUGGCCACUAGAAGAUGCUGACAGGAAAACAUUUUUAUUUACCAACACUGCUAGGUACAUGAUAUGGUUUAAACAAAAAAUGAAGUAAGAAGCAAACACAACCAAUCCUCCAACACCAAACCCCUACCAAUCGCUGCAAGGAAACACGAGGAAGCAACCAGUAGAGCCACCUGGCUAUCACAAUUUGCAGCAGUGGAAGUUGCAAUGAUGAUACCCUAUUUAACUCCAGUUCGUACAGAAAAGCCCAUCUGUCUUUCCUUCCUCUGUUGACACACAGUACUGUAAAAGCCAUGACGGAAAACCUAGCUGCUUUGCUAAUAAACAGACUGAACUUUAAGUUUA